ACUACGCAUCUCCGGGACCGCGUUGGGUCGAUGCCUGGUUGGUGCAGAGAUGAGCGGUGAGAACGUGAAGCUGUUCGUGGGGAACCUUCCUUUAGACGCGACUCAGGACGAACUGACCAAGCUCUUCGCUCCGUAUGGAGAGAUCAACACCUGCUCCUUGCUCCGACAGUACGCCUUCGUUACCCUGAAGGGAGAGGGGGCCGCAGACAGGGCCAUACGGCAUCUGGAUGGCAAAGAGUACCGAGGCCGCCCCCUGGUGGUCGAGGAGUCACGCGCUCGUCCGCCAAACUCCACCAAGGUGUUCGUGGGGAACCUCAGCGCCACGUGUUCGGCCGACGAUCUGCACGGACUCUUCUCAACCUUUGGGAGAGUUUUAGACUGCGACAAAGUCAAAGCCAGAUUAUGCUCCAACGUGGGCUACGCCUUCGUGCACAUGGAGAGGAAGGAGGAGGCUCUGGCGGCUAUAGAGGCUCUAAACGGGACCAUGUUCAAGGGCCGUCAGCUGGCGGUGGAGUUGUCCAAAGCCCAACCGCUCAUCAACCAGCUGGUGACGGGAGGAAACUCCAACGCGUCAGGAGCCAGAGAAGGCCUCCUUCCCCGACCUCCUCCGUCUCUAGAGCAUCACCAGAGUCAAGCGGCCGUUCUCGCUGCAGCUGCUGCCGCCGCCGCCGGUCUCCCCAUCCAGGUUCAACAAAGUGUCCACAACUCGUUCUACAACACCACCUCCUUCGACCCGACCUACGCCGCUCUGAAGGGCAUCACCAGCGCCAAAGGUGCGGACGGGGUCAUAUACGGGGCCCUGGCCAGCCAGGUGUACGGCACCGUGGCCGACCAGGUGUACCACGACAUGGCCAACCACAACUCUGCCGCCAGCGCCGCCGUGGAAGAGGUGGAGCCGCAGACGGUACCAGACCCGACCACGCUUUUCGAGGCGGCGAGGGCCAAGUUCUUCCAGGAGGGACAGAAGGUUCUGGCAGAGCAGCAGGCAGGGAGAAAAGCAGCAGCGUCGGACAACGAACGUGAUCGCAGCCCGAUCAGAGGCAACCGAGCCCCCCUCCUCCCCGACCCCGUCCCAGGAUCCUUCGCCCAGAUACGACCCAAACGCCGCGCCCUCCUCCCGACGCCGCCCGGAGUACCCGAGGACACCGCCGCCGCCGCCGCCGCCGCCACCCCCGAAGGCUCAGAUCCCGUCGCUAGGUCGUACUCGGAGUACUACCAGCAAAUGCACCAAUACCAACAGUAUCAACAGUACCAGCAGCAGUAUCAGUACCUCCAGUACGCCUACACCAACCCGCCGCCUCCUCCGCCACCUCCUCCUCCUCCGCCGGCCAGCACUCAGGCCUCCUCCUCCUCCACCGCGGCCCCCGCGCCCCCGGGGACGUACUCCGCCCCCCCGACAUAUGCCGCCCCGGGAGCAUAUGCACCGCCCCCGGGAACGUACGACGCCUCCUCGGGAGGCUACGACGCCUCGUCCUCCGGGGGAUACGACGCCUCGUCGUCGGGGAGCUACGACGCCUCCUCGGGGGGAGGCUACGACGCCUCGUCGGGAGGCUACGGGGCGUCGGCGGCAUAUGAUUCGUCGGGAGCUUACGCGGCAGCGGGAAGCUACUCCACAUCCACACCGUAUGAGCAGACACCCGCACACGGGCAACCCAUGCCCCAGCGCCAUGAUUACCCUUACCACACGCCAGAACCCCCUUAUCGAUAGGCCCCACCCCCCCCACACGCUCCUCAAACACUGCAGAUGUGUGUGUGUGUGUGUGUGUGUGUGUGUGUGUGUGUGUGUGUGUACGAGUGCAUGUGUAUUUACAUAAGGGACAGUUUGAAGAGGAAACCGGGAGCAAGGAGGUCGUGAAUCGAAUGUGCUUUAAACUCUUCUCUCGUUGGUUCGGUGGCUCGGCCGCUGAGGGUUUUUAUAAAAAAAAAGGAGACGAGGGAUGUUGUUGUCGAACAUUCAUAGUUUCUGUUAGAUGUUGUAGAGGCAGGUAAUAUGCGUUACAGGACAGUACACCUCAUUCUUUUCUUUUUUUUUAUUAUUAUUGUUGUUUUUUGCUGCUGCGACGUCUGAAAACGUGCAGCCCCGAUGUUUCUGGUGCAGGUUUGCAGGUUUAGUUUUAUGGUUCUCGGUCGUAGACGAGCAGACGGUUUCCUGUCCUACGUGAAGCAGCUCGGCAGCGAUUAGACGUUAAAUCAGCUGUGGGUUAGUGAGAGUUCAGACUGAGUGUUUGGUUUAAUCGGAGCGUCUGAACCUGGAUCCACAGACGUUUAGGCCUGGAUGUGUGAAUCAGAAGAGGAGGAGGAGUGACUCAGAUUAUGUCUUUCUCGUCCCGUUAAUCAGGAUCUCACCUGUUACGCCCCAACGUUCACAACAGCUACAGCCAAUCAUCAGAUAAUCCUACUUUUUAUUUGUUAGCUCAGCUCAGGAUGGUGAGAAAAUAAAAAGUCCCGUCAGUAGUUUCCUCUAGUUUUAGUCGAAGGUCACGUUUCUGCCUCUAAAACCUUCUUUCUUUUCCUGCCGGGUUUUAUUUCUCUCUUUAGUUCAGUGUUUAGUGGCUGAAUGGAUCCACGUCCUCCCUCUAAAUUCCUGUUGAGCCCAGUUCUUCGAUAGCUGACGUGUUGUGUUUCUAGUUUUUUUUUUUUUUUUUGUACAUAUGUGACGGGAGGAGCCAGGAGCGAGUGGCCAAUGAUGUUAAUAGACGUUGAGCUUUACAGAAGCUGGAUUUUCCAGCUGGGUUUUGAUGUUUUCUAUCAUUUUCGCCGUCGCCAAACACCCGACGAAAACUGAGCUGGUUCGAUUCUGGUGUAAAUACUUGAAACCUUAUUUGAAAGUGGAAAAAGUGACAGCAGCUGAUUUUUGGUCGAACUGAACUGAGUGUUCAGACGAGUUUGAGUUUCUGUGUGAGGAGGAUUAAAUAUACGAGUCUGGGGGUGUUUCGGGUGGAGGUGAGAUGCUCCGGGUGGAGGUGAGAUGCUCCGGGUGGAGGUGAGAUGCUCCGGGUGGAGAUGAGAUGCUCCGGGUGGAGAUGAGGUGCUGUUGGAGUAAUAUUUUUUUUAUUUUGAAUUUUCCCGUGCAGCGACGUAAACGGCCCGCGGCCUUUUCCUCGUCUUUCUCCUGAACACACAUCAUUUAGACACAAACUCCACACGUUAAAUCUAGCUUCUUCUUCUUCUUCUUCUUUUUUUUUUUUUAUUAUAAUUAUUAUUAAUUUUUUUUCUUCUCCCUUUACCGGGUUCAUUGCAUUUUGCUCAUGUAAAGGUGCAGAUGACACUAACGCACACGUCCUCCUUCACUUUUCCACCACACGUUUUAUUCCUGUGAAGCCGGUUAGAAGGUUCCACGCUGACACACAGUGACACACUCAGCCUCCCCACAUGUUCCACAUUGUUCCACCUGCUCCAUGUGAACUGUUAGUUGCAUGCCUUGUUGUUGCUGCUGCUCCAGCCACCUUCUUCCUCUUGCUGAUUAUUGCAGCUAGAGUGGGAGGGAGCCAAUCUGAGCCCUUUGCCCUGGACGUACGCCACACAGCUGCAGCUGUAGCGUGGGAUGGGGAAAACAGCAGCGUUAGGCCUGAAACUGCUGUGGACGAUGGGGUGUCCCCCCACUAAGGUAAACACUCAGACCACACACUCCUGCCCCUCCCCUGAAAUAAAAUAAAACACACUCACAAGCACACACAGCACAGAUAUAUGUCCAUACUUUUUUUAUUUCAUACCUGCUUUCAGGGAUUUUCAAUCGUCAGGAUUUCAUAUUUUUUGGAAAUUUGUCUCCCAUGAUUACCUUUUUAUAUAUAUAUAUAUAUAUUUUUUUUUUAUUAUUAUUUUCCCGUUUAUAUCCCCCCCCCCACAUCGUCCCACAAGCAUACUCUGCUCAUACAUUCCUGCUCCCGGCGUGACCUCCAUCGUCUCCACGGUCUGAGGACGUCUGCGCCAGCGUUAGCGUAGAUCUGAGCGUCUCUUCUCCGGCAGGUUUGUUCUUAUACAUCCUGCCCUGAAGAGAACCAGGCGGUCGCAGCCACAUCCGGACUGGGACACUUAGGUAGGACGGGUUUUUCUAAACGCGCCCCACUUCUUCUUCUUCUCCUUCUCCUUCUUCGGCCAUCGGGGGGUUAAGUGCCUUGUCUAAGAGCACACUGGUAGGCCCUGAAUAACCUGGCUCAGGAUCGGUUGCUGGUUCAACGCUCGACUCCCGUUCUCCCCCCGCCCCCCCUUUAAAAAAAACAACAACAAAAACAAACAAAAAAACAUAAAAAUAAAUAAUUUUGAUGCCACAUUCAACUUGUAUGGACGACGGUGGACACGAACUACUACCAUGUUGUUUUAAAUUCCAUUUUGUCCCAUGUUCAAUUAUCAAUAAAUAAAUUUCAACUCAA